AACAAAAAAGGAUUACAAAAUGCCAAGCGACUCAAAACCAGCCAUGGAACGUGGACUUCACGAUCGUGAUCGCGUUGGUGUACAAGAUUUUGUACUCUUGGAAAAUUAUCAAUCGGAAGAGGCAUUUAUUGAUAAUUUACGCAAACGCUUCCAGGAAAAUAUUAUCUAUACAUAUAUUGGCCAAGUAUUGAUAUCGGUAAAUCCCUAUAAACAAUUGCCAAUUUAUACGGAAAAUGACAUCAAGGAAUAUCGUAAUAAACAUUUUUAUGAGAUACCACCACACAUUUUUGCAGUUACUGAUAACGCCUUUCGUUCACUGAUUGAAGAAAAUAAAGGCCAGUGUGUUCUAAUCUCUGGUGAAAGUGGUUCCGGCAAAACUGAAGCCUCAAAAAAAGUUCUACAAUAUAUUGCCGCCUGUUCCGGCAACCAGGCAACAAUUGAAAAUGUCAAAGAUAAACUUUUGAAGAGUAAUCCCUUGUUGGAGGCAUUCGGAAAUGCCAAAACUAAUCGUAAUGAUAACUCAUCACGCUUCGGCAAAUAUAUGGACAUCCAAUUCGAUUUUACCGGCACUCCAAUUGGCGGCAAUAUUCUAAAGUAUUUACUGGAGAAGUCACGUGUAAUCAAUCAGAACAGUGGCGAACGUAAUUUCCACAUUUUCUACCAACUGUUGGCUGGUGCUACUGACGAUCAACUGAAAUCAAUGAAGUUGACACGAUCUUUGCAAGAUUAUGCCUAUCUAAGUGAUGGUGACAAGGGUAUUGUCUCGUCGAUCAACGAUGCCGAAAACUUCCGCCACGUUAUGCAGGCCAUGCAAGUCAUCGAUUUCACCGAAACAGAGCAAAGACAAAUCCUCAAUGUUAUCGCCAGUGUUUUGCACUUGGGCAAUGUACAAUUCACCGAAGAAGAAGGCAAAGCCCAAAUCACCAAUAUCGAAUGUGUUCGCACUAUUGCCGAUCUCCUGGGCGUCCAUGUGGAGGAAUUGAAAAAUGCCUUAACUCAUCGCACCAUUGAUGCCCGAGGUGAUGUCGUCACAUCGCCUUUGAAUCAUGAAAUGGCCGUUUAUGCUCGCGAUGCCCUGGCCAAAGCCAUCUACGAUCGUCUGUUUUCUUGGCUGGUACAACGCUUGAAUGUCUCAUUGCAAGCCAAAGACUUGCGCACUGCUCGCAACAAUGUCAUGGGUAUUUUGGAUAUUUACGGUUUUGAAAUCUUCAAGACCAACAGUUUUGAACAAUUCUGCAUUAAUUUCUGCAAUGAAAAGUUGCAACAAUUGUUUAUUGAAUUGACACUGAAGUCUGAGCAGGAUGAAUACAGACGUGAGGGUAUUGAAUGGGUGCCUGUCGAAUACUUCGACAAUAAAGUCAUUUGCAAUCUAAUCGAAGAGAAACACAAGGGCAUUAUUUCCAUUCUGGAUGAGGAAUGUUUGCGUCCUGGUGAACCCACCGAUUUGACUUUCUUGUCCAAGCUGAGCGAUCGCUUGGGUGACCAUGCUCACUAUUUGUGCCAUGAAAAGGCACCAAUUCAGGUGCAAAAGACUAUGCGACGUGACGAAUUCCGUUUGGUCCACUAUGCCGGCGAUGUAACCUAUAAUGUUGUUGGAUUCCUGGAUAAGAAUAACGACUUGUUGUUCCGUGACUUGAAGGAGACCAUGAGCAAGGCCGAUAACCAUGUGGUGCGUGUAUGCUUCCCCGAAGCAGAGUACUUGGAGAAAAAGAGGCCCGAUACUGCCGUUACCCAAUUCAGAAAUUCCCUGAAUAAUUUAAUGGAUAUUCUUAUGUGCAAAGAACCUUCCUAUAUUCGCUGCAUUAAACCCAAUGACCUGCAAAAGUCCGAUGUCUUUGACGAUCAAUUGGUAUUGCACCAAGUCAAAUAUUUGGGUCUAAUGGAAAAUUUGAGAGUACGCAGAGCUGGUUUUGCUUAUCGCCGUCUUUAUGAACUGUUCCUUAAUCGCUACAAGUGCUUGAGCAAGCAAACCUGGCCAAACUACAACGGCCCAGCCAAAGAGGGAGUGAAAAUUUUGGUUAAAGAAUUGAACUAUGGUCCUGAAGAUUAUCGCCUAGGCGAAACUAAACUUUUCAUUCGUUUCCCCAAAACCCUGUUCGAAACUGAAGAUGCCUUCCAGGAAAAGAAACAUGACAUUGCGGCGAUUUUACAAGCCCGCUGGAAGGGACGCGUGCAACGUCGUAAAUAUUUGAAACUACGUGAACAGGUGAUUAUCUUGCAGUCAUACUGUCGUCGUUAUUUGGCCCAACAGGCUGCCAAAAAACGCCGUGAAGCAGCCGAUAAGAUACGCGCCUUUAUCAAAGGGUUCAUUACACGCAACGAUCCACCCAAUGGUUACAACGAAAAGUUCAUUGCCAAUGCCAAGCGCAUGUGGCUGUUGAGAUUAGCUAAAGAAUUGCCCACUAAAGUUAUGGACAUGAGAUGGCCAUCGGCGCCAUCACAUUGUCAAGAGGCCUCCACAUAUUUACAUCGUCUGCAUCGUUUACAUUUGGCACGUAAAUAUCGUUUGGCAUUAUCGGAGGAACGUAAACGACAAUUUGAAUUGAAGGUUCUGGCCGAAAAAGUAUUCAAAGAUAAAAAGAGCAGUUAUCCGGCCAGCGUAUCACAAUGGUUCAAAACUGAUCGUAUACCGAGUGAACAUAACACAAACGUUAACAGUUUUAUUAACAACUCAUUCAAUGGUGAAACUCUGAAAUAUUCUUCUGCCUGCACGAAAUACGAUCGUCAUGGUUACAAGCCUCGUGAUCGUUUUAUAUUGCUGAGCAAUAAGGCCAUUUAUGUUUUGGAUGGAAAAACCUACAAACAAAAACAUCGUUUACCUCUAGAGAAACUUGACUUCGAUUUAACCAAUCACAGUGAUGACUUAAUGGUAAUUCGUAUUCCCCUCGAUUUGAAAAAGGACAAAGGUGAUCUUAUUCUUGAGAUACCAUAUCUUAUUGAAUUCUGCACAUACAUUAUUGAUACUGUGGGCACUGCGGAUGUAUUGAAAAUUGUGGAGAGAGAUUCUUUGGUGCACAAUAUGGCUAAGGGCAAAUCAGGUGUUAUCGAUAUACAAACGGGUGGCGGAGAACCAGGAGUUAUACGUGAUAAAAGUGGACAUCUUGUUGUUAUUGCUGGCCAGUAAUGAUGUUCCAUAAUUCUUCACUUGUUAACGGGUUUACCUGCUCUAUAUACGACUACAUACAUAUCCAUAUGUUAUAACCAUGGCUUUAAAUUUAAAUUUUUGUUAUA